AUGGCAGCUGUAUCUUCAAAUUCUAACAGCACUUUCUCCACCUGCCUAAUCGAUGUUAGUUUUGACAUGGAUGAGGCACUGGCUUUGCCACCAAACUUUGGGCAUCAAAUAUCAGAAUCAGACUCUUUGGUUGCUGACAUGCCAACAGUAACUUCAACGGAUGAUCAUGAUGUUUGUUCGAUUUGCAUGGAGGGUUUUCAGUCACCGGGUGUCUGUGGAAAACAAGUCCCUUGUGGCCAUGUUUAUCAUGCACCUUGUAUCUCCUCUUGGCUUUCCAACUGUAAUUCUUGCCCUCUUUGCCGGUUCAACAUCUCCGCUACUGGGAAGUAA